AUGGCUUCUCGUCGACGAGGUGUCGGAGCCAAAUAUCAAGCAAAGGGGACGGAAUUGGCCAGCGAGCAGCUGAAUCAGUUUUCGCAGGAGCUGGCAGUGUUUCAGACGAAACUGGAAGAAUUUGCACACAAACAUCGCGAUGAGAUUCGACGAAAUUCGCAAUUCCGUCGGCAUUUCCAGGACAUGUGCGCAUCGGUUGGCGUCGAUCCACUGGCUUCCAGUAAGGGUUUCUGGGCCGAGAAACUUGGAGUAGGCGAUUUUUACUAUGAAUUAGCCGUACAGAUUGUUGAAGUUUGCUUGUCCACCAAUCAUAUUAACGGUGGUGUAAUGACGGUGGAAGAACUCAGAAAUCGGCUGAUGCGAUCUCGAGCACGGACGCGACGCGACGCUAUCACCACGUAUGAUUAUUAUUUUUAUUGUGUUCGCUGUCGAAUUUAUCGAACCAAAGUAUCAUGCGCUUUUCAUUUUGAGCUAGAACUCUGA